UUUACACCUAUACUCGUACUUACUUACCUAGUUGUCAAUCCUAUUAUAAAGUUAUUUUUCUCAAAGCCACUAUAAAUAUAAUGGACUUCAAUAACAAAGUUGUUGUAAUUACCGGUGCCAGCUCUGGCAUCGGCGCCGAGUGUGCCCUGCUGUUCGCGAAGGCGUCCGCCAAGCUCGCGCUGGUCGGAAGAAACGUUGGCAACCUGAUGAAAGUCGCGAACUCGUGCAAAGACUUCACAUCGGAACCUUUGGUCAUUGCCGCGGAUCUGUGUGUGCAGGACGACGUUGAGCAGAUUGUCAACAAAACUCUCGCCCAUUUCGGAAGGCUCGAUGUGCUCGUGAACAACGCGGGGAUCAUGGUUCUGAGAAGUAUCGAAGCCGGCAUCGACGCAUUCGAGGAAGUCGUACGAACAAACCUGUGGGGACCUUUUCUUUUGACGGACCUGGCCAUGCCGCAUUUGAUACAAGCCAAGGGAAACGUCGUUAACAUAUCCAGCAUGCUGUCUUCCAUGCCUGUGUCCAUGAUGACGGCUUAUUGCAUGUCUAAAGCGGCGGUGGAUAUGUUCACCAAAUGCGCCGCCGUCGAGUUUGGGCCCAAAGGUGUUCGAGUCAACGCUGUGAAUCCCGGGCCAGUGAAAACGGCGUUAAUGAAAAAUGCGGGACUUAACGAAGAAGCUAACGACUUAUUUUAUUCCACACUGGAGUCGGCGAGUCCUUUAGGAAAAGUAGCAUGCGGCAAAGAUGUAGCCGAGGUCGUGUUGUUUUUGGCGAGUGAUAAAGCGUCCUGUGUCACUGGAAGUUGCUAUCAAAUCGAUUGCGGAGCAAGUAUUAGAGAACUAAGUAUGCUUUAAAAUUAAAUUUUAAACAACUGUCCAUAGGUUGUCUGGUAGAGAUCGCUUCAUAAUGAUGACCGACUGUACAGUGUGAGUCACGUUAAAGUGUACAUAUGAAAAUAGAUGAAACUAGACCUAUUUUUAUCGACAAAAA